AUGACAGAGCCCCAGAUGCCAUCGAUGCUUGACUAUGCGAGGUUCCAUGGCAUUGCCCGCAAUCACCGGGCAAUAGACCCCCUUGCUUUUAUUUCCCCACCUCUGCCAUCGGGAUUGAGCGGAUCUCUGAAAGAUACCAAAGGAUGUCCGGUAUUAAGUUUAGAUCAGUUACGGGAGCCAGUUUACCAAAAGCAAAAGGAAAAGCUAAAUAUCAGCAAAGCAGGUGCUUUAUUUCUAAAAUCGGCCAUUAGACCAAGCUCUUCAGAUUUCAAGCGUUCUCUAGACUGGGAUAACCUCCUCCCCGAUCCUCGUCAGAUAGAAAAUAUCAAGCAAAAUCCUCCCCUCUUACGAACAGAUCAUGAAAAUGAUAUGCACGUCUUUCGCGACAUGCUGUCCCUGGACAGAAUGGAGGUGGAUCUGCCAUUGGAGAAAAUCGACGAUGAGCACGAUGAAGGGCUAAGAUUUCCAAGUUAUGUUCGUGAACUACCAAAUCAAAUCCAUGAUUAUAUCGCGAAUGAGAAACUCGAUUGUACACGAGAGGUAUUGCUUUUCAUGAAAGAGAUUAGAACUGGUGCUCCGGUUCGCGGCUCUGAUCACACCCAAAGCGAACCGAGGUUUAUCAAGGUCAAUAUCCAUCUUCCUAGCGGUCUUGACUCAGCUUCUAGUGACAUAAAGAAACAGAAAACAGAUUUAGAGCCCGUUACGCCCCCUCUCCUGCCAAGAGAUUCCACACCUAAUCAUUUUAAUCCUUCGUCUGCGAGUAUGGAAAUGGAGCUACUUUCCAGGCCUAUAACGCCAGUGAUGCCCGAACACACACAAGUCGAGAGAGCACUCGCUAUAGAUGUGGAUGUAUUUGUUGGAGAAUCAUCGGGGUUGCAUCGCAGCAGCCAGAAUCCGCUAGAGAAUUUCCUUGAGGGUAAAAGUGACCAGGACGACUCACCUCUAGUAAAUCUACUUUCCCCAAGGAAGAGGAUGCUAGAUGAGUCCUUUAAGGUCGAGGGCCCCCUCACACCACCAUGUUCCAUAAAAAGGCGCCGUGCGGAGGAAGAAGGGAUGCAGUUGACGGAAAUCGUCCAAAUGAUGCCAAUUCUCGAGAUCUGUCUUCCAAAUGAAGGCGAGAUCCUGGGAUUGGAUGACGUUCUUAAAACCUCCGCGCUUUGUAAAGAGAAUAUUGAACUGAAACUGGAUAAAGAACGAAUCCGUGGAAUCAACGCAGAUACUCGAAUCGAAAUCCCAAAGAUAGUGAAUCUGCCCCCUCGCCCUCCUUGGUUGUUAAUGGAUCCAGCCUGUUGUCAGCAAGACAUGAUGACAAAACUGCACAAAACCCAUGACAUGACCAGUCACAGUCAAUUAUCAGAAAGAGAUGAGUGGGAUCUUCAGUGGAACCCAUUUCCAAUGGGUAUUUCCCGGAUGGCUGUCGAAGAGACAAUUGAAGGUCACAUAGAGCUCUCCGACUUUCUUGGGCCUCUUGAAGGUGAGGGGAAUGGCAGUUGUGAAUCCCCAAAAUGGCCUUUUCCGCACGGCACAUGGCUGGGGGAUGAUCUUGAUGACUAUAUUCUUGAACCAAGCACUACCAUUGAGAGGGAUGCGUUAUCAUUGCAUCCCAUUAGUGAUUUGGUGGUAAGCCCGAAUUCGGCUGGGUUGUCGGGCAAAAAGCAAAUCGCUUCUUCACAUUUCAUCCAACACCGUCAUGUUACAGGAGAUGAAAAGCUUCACAGUCUUAUCGAUUCGAAAAGUUCUCUCCUUUCGUCCAAUUUUUCUACCACGACUCAACUAUCGAAUUUCAUUAAUAUUCGAGGGAAAACAAAACAAACUAAGCCAUCGUCAUCUCCAUAUUUUACCAAAGACGCCGCCAAUGUUCUUGAAGCUAGGGAAAAUGAUAAACCAGAUACAAGUGUACUUGUUAGCCAUCUGACUUUGCCAGCACCUGAAAUUGCCGAACCGCCAUUUCCACUUAGUUUCGUCAUUUCAAGCGCAUUGCUGCGCACGCAUAGAUCAGUGGUGCAAGUUCUCGAAUCUCUUCCUUCCCCUAAAACGCUGAUUUUUCGGGAUUACCAUGCGAUGGCGCUCCUAUCGGCAAAAUUAACGAAAGGAAAGCACGAAAACGCGACUUCAUUCAGUUCAGAAACGUCACUGCAGACUCUAAGGCCAGCAAACUGCUACGACGACGAUGCGGAUAUCAUCAUAUCCCCAACGACAGCCAUCCUGCUCACAAAAUCCCAAGAAACAACCCAACUGCAUCUUCCAGGCCACUCACCACUUCGUUCUGGACUUGGAAAUAUUCUCUCCUCCCCACUUCGGGAACGAAUCUUCCGUGUUUGCUCAAGGUAUGAGCGACUGUAUGUGUUGAUAGGCCAUGCAUUGAAUGUAGCACCAACGGGUGAAGAAGCCAUCGAUGCCAUUCGCGCCCUGGAAUCAUUUUGUUCUUCCCUUGCGCAGUCCUGCAAUGUAGUACCGCUUGUGGUACCUGCUGCCGUGGAACAUUUGACACAAUGGAUUAUAAAUCUCGCGAAGAAGCAUGCCAUGCCAGUACCCUGGAGCGGGGCGCGUCCAAGCUUGGAUGGGCAUGCUCAUGCAAAGAUUCCCUCGGAAGAUGCAACUGUAUGGGAAAUCUUCUUAUAUAAUGCCGGUCUAAACUUGUUCGCUGCACAAGCUGUGCUCACAUGGCCCGUCACUUCACUUGCUAAGUUUGAGGAGGAUGCUCCUCCCGCGGAUAUUGCAGCAUCUCCUUGUGCUACUCUAUCAAGAUUUGUCGGUCUGCCCCCUGAGGAAAGAAAACGCAUUUACGCACCUCUAAUUGGCGAAAGGAUUGUAUCCAAUAUCAGCAAUCAAUUAGACGGUGAAUGGUGA